UAGAGACAAAAGUAUUUUGGCGAUAUAUACUUUGGGAAGAAUUCCAAAAGAGGCUGGAUCAUAAAGACACCAUCAGUUAGAAGACGGCAUUAAGGGCAGUGAAGAAGCCUUAACCUCUAUAAUCCUACACCAAGUUCAUGGCCCAGAAGGAGAAAAGAACAUCAAGGAAGAAUACCAAAUUUGAACCAAAUUCUGGGGAUUAAUGCAGUAUGCCUUCGAUAAAAUGUAAAGUGUCCAAAGGACGUCGCACCAAGUUCAGCUUUAAUUGCAGAUUGUGUAAGGGCAACCAUGGGCUGCGAAAAUGCCAGAAAUUUCUCUGCAUGACCGUCGAUAAACGUUUGCAUGCAGUUAUAGCUAAUAACUACUGUCCCAAUUGCUUGGCCCAUACGCAUUCAUCCGGAAAAUGUUUUUCUAGCUUAGGAUGCAAACAUUGUGGAGGCAGUCAUCAUUCCUAUUUGCAUAUCCACUCCGAGAAACACGACAACCAAAAAACAGAAGCCAAGGAUAACUAUCAAAAACCCAAACGUUCAACAACAACCCAACAUAAACGUCCAACAACAACAACCAUAUCUCAAGCCGUGAGCCUUGAAACACUUACCAGUCCCCAUACAACUAAUCUUUUCCCAACGGCCGUGGUAGAUGUACUCCAUGGCAAGAAAAAGCACUCGGUCAGAGCCGUAAUAGAUCCAUGCACAUCUAUUAGCAAAAUUUCACAGCGAUUGAUAGAGAAAAUUGGGCUAACUACUACUACUCUUGGCAGCGAAACUAUCUGCCCUGUCGCGAUCCAUUCCAAAUGUAUCACCAACAGGUUAUUAGAAACCAUGAUGACUGUGAACCAUCGCAUAUCUAUGGACACCCCAAAAAGAUCAAUUCCAGCAACAACUGCAGACAAGUUCCCAAACAUGAAGUUGGCGGAUCCCCAUUUUUAUCAAAGUGGACCAUUCGACAUCGUUUUUGGAUCCGACUUAUACGCCAAGAUAAUUCUACCAGGUCUUCUACCAAGCAAUGCCGGGCUUCCCGUUGCAACUAAUACUAUAUUUGGAUGGGUUUUGUCUGGAUCGUGCUCAGCUUAGUAGCCUAUUUUAUUAUAAACAUUUGAAAUAUCAAAUAUGAAUUAUACAAUUUAUUAUGAAUUCCUUUAGAAAAUAAGGCAACUUUUUAAUAUUUGCAUUACUGCAAGAGGGGCCGGAAUGUUUAUGCCGCAUACCUUCGCCGUUUAGUGUUAAGUCAAAUGAAUUUUCAUAUCCAGAUGUCACUUUUCAUCUUAGAUAAGGCUAAAAAGUAGUUGCGUUAAGUUUACUACUUGUUCUUUUGUAUUAGCUCACCGAGUGAUUUCUCGUUCAUUCAAUUUGUUACCAUCGAAUAAUAAAGUUAAAAGUCAUUGUCUACUUAACCAUAAAUUUCUACGUUUUCUUAAAGAGGAACCAUUUUGGUAAGGCUAAGCAACCGAACUCUCCCUCGUGGCUUACUGAAACCUGAUUUCGUUUGUUUUUCGUAUUUCUUUCUGCUUUUUAAUUCCAUAUCACCGACAUUGAAUGGAUAUAUUUCCGAGAUUUA